AUGAUCGAAAAAUAUUUUGUGUUAUCAAAUAUGAUGGAAAUUGAAGAGACCAAGGAAGCGCAAGACGCUAUUUUUUCGAUUGAUGUUUUGGCGUUAAUUAAUGAAGCCAGAAAUACUUAUGGUUUAAGGCAUCAAGACUAUUCGCGUUAUAGAAGGUAUUGUACGCAAAAGGUUCACCAGCUUCGCAGUUCUUUAAAUUUUACUCACGGAAAAGGAAAGUCUUUUCAAAAGAAAGAAAUAUCUGACGAAGUGUUUGAUGAUAUUAGAUAUUUGCAAAUCGUUUUGUUUAACGCCGAGCGUGCUUGGAGCUAUGCAAUGGAAUUAAAAAGAGAAUCUAGAUCAAAUG